AUGGCUCUGGGAUGCCACAGCCAGCUGCAGAAUUCCCAUAUCAGCCCCUCUGCCAGCACGAUCACAACUGGCCAGGACUGGUCCCUGAAGGCCUCCAUUGGCUACCUCUAUUCUGGGAAGGCCAGCAGGUUCAUUUCUCCAAGUCUUUCGGCUCACUGUAUUACAGGUUUCCAUACUGAAAUUAUCGGAGGGAGAGAAGUACAGCCCCACUCCAGGCCGUUCAUGGCUUCCAUCCAGUACCGCGGCAGUCAUAUUUGUGGAGGAGUCCUGAUCCAUCCACAGUGGGUGCUGACAGCAGCCCACUGCUACAACUGGUUUCCCAGAGGCCACAGUCCCACCGUGGUUUUAGGAGCACAUUCUCUUUCAAAGAAUGAGCCCACGAAACAAACAUUCGAGAUUAAAAAAUUCAUCCCAUUCUCAAGAUCUCCGUCAGGUUACUCAUCACACGAUAUCAUGCUAAUAAAGCUUCACACUGCUGCAGAACUCAACAAGCAUGUCAAACUGCUUCAACUGCGAUCCAAAAACUAUCUUAGAGAUGGAACCAAAUGCCAGGUGACUGGCUGGGGAGCCACCAACCCAGAUCAAUUAAAAUCCUCUGACACCCUGCAAGAAGUCACUGUUAGCAUCAUAAGCAGAAAGCGCUGCAACAGCCAGAGCUAUUACAACCGCAACCCUGUUAUAACCAGGGACAUGAUAUGUGCAGGAGAUGCCAAAGGCCAAAAGGACUCAUGCCAGGGAGAUUCAGGGGGCCCCUUGGUCUGCAAAGGUGUCUUCCAUGCCAUAGUCUCAGGGGGCCUUAAAUGCGGCAUUGCCAACAAGCCCGGAAUCUACACCCUCUUGACUAAGAAAUACCAGAGCUGGAUCAAAAGCAAGCUUGCCCCGUCGAGAGCAAAGUGAGAUUGCAAACGGUCUUCUUGGAUCUGCCAGCCACUUGCUUCUUUUUAGGGGACGUGCUCGAAGAUCAACUUCAUCUGCAGAUGUCGCUGGCUGUAGGAGGACGGUGGGACAGCUCGGGCAUAUUUCUGUGCCUUAAAAACUCACUUCAUUUAUUGAUGUCUAUAGACAGCAAUAAAUAAAUAAAUGGCUGAAUUUGAGAUAAAAAAAAUUUA